AUGAAACUUCUCUUCUUUAUUUUUGGAAUUGUUAUGUUAACAGCAGCUAGAUAUUUGGAGGAUAUUAAUGAGGUUGAAUGUAAGUUUUUUUUUUUGAAAACCCUAUUAAGAAUAUACACAGUAUUCCAAUCGAUAAUGUUUUCAGGUUCAAUAGUAGCAAUUCUAUCAAAUCUUCGAGAAGAAUCAGAUGAAUGUAAUUUGAAAAAUCUUAUGACACCAGAAAAACCUCCAGCUAUAAAAUCAUCAACAAAACGUGACAUCAAAAAACUUCCAUUUUUACCAUGUUAGUUUUUUUGGAAUUCAAAUGAUUCCUAAAUUAUUUCAUUUUUUUCAGCUUGUCUUCCAAAUGAGCAAUGUCGAGUGAAUGGUCGAAGAACAUGUAUAUGUGCUCAGAAAAACAUAUGUGAACCUGAACAAGGAAAUCAAAAAUAUUCUUGUGUAGCAUUCAGCUAUUUUCUAUAA